UUGGCGAAUAAAUGAAUUUAUUUUCGUAUGAUUAAAAAUUUUAAAAUUUUAGAAUACAAGUAUUGAAGUAUACUAGUAUACAACAUUACUGUCAAUAGUGUCAAUAMUGAAUAAUGUUAAACAUGUGUUGAAUCUUCAUCUCGCAGAAUUGUAAAUAUAUACAAUACAGAUAAAUUCAAUUUUGUCCAUCUUUGUAUUCUUUAAUCAUUAUAAUAUUACUAAAAAUUAUUUAACUCURAAGUAUGCAUCCCGAUUUGUCGCCACAUUUGCACACUGAAGAAUGUAAUAAAUAUACCAUGGAAUUUAAAAACUGUAAUGUAGAGCAUAAAGUUUUAAGAUUUGUUGGCAGAUGUGAUAAAAUCUAUGAUCGAAUGGUCCACUGUUUUCAUUUAGAGCGACAAGCCAAGCGCCAAAAAAAUAAUGAAGAAGCAAGAAAGCAUCAAGCUUUAGUGAGACAAAGGAUGUUAGCAGAAAUGAGAUCAGACAGAGAAAAAGGAAUUGAAAAUUGAGGUUUACUAUUUAUUGUGUAAUGUGUAUAGGCUUAGGUAUAAAUAAAUGAAAAAUAAAUGUAAUAAAACAUAAUGAUUUAUAA